AUGAAUAUUGAUCAACCAUGUCUUGGUAUUGCACUUGGUGGUGGUGCUGCGCUGGGAUAUGCGCAUUUAGGUAUACUUGAAGUUCUUGAUGUAGAGGGUAUUUGUCCUGAUUUGGUUGUUGGGACUAGUAUGGGGGCUUUAGUUGGUGCAGCUUAUGUAUCUUGGCCAAAUAUAGGUGCAACUCAGCGCAGGUUUCGUGUAGGUUUAGAAGACCCUUUUAUUAUGGGGCUUAAUCUUGACUAUUUAAAGUCGAAAACAGAGGCAUCUUUUUGGGAACUGUUAUUUGGUAAGAUUCGUCGUGGUUUGAUGGUUACACAGUCUAUGAUUCGUGAUAGUAUUGUUGAUGCAGAAGCAUUCUCACGAAUUUUAAGAAACUUGUUGCCUGACAGCGAUAUCGAGAAUUUGCCACGUACCUUUGCUUGUAUAUCUGCAAAUCUAAAUGCAAAGCAGCAUCGUCAUUUAUGGACGCAAGGAAGUUUGUUACAAGCUGCAGCUGCAAGCUGUGCGAUUCCUGGUAUUUUUCCUGCUCAAGAAAUCAAUGGUGAUGUUCAUGUCGAUGGUGGGUCCGUUGAAAAUAUUCCGGUACCAGCUGCCAAAGAACUUGGUGCAACAUUUAUUAUUGCUAUUAAUGUUGAUGAAGAAGAUACAGGACACCAGCCAGCGGUUGCUGCUGAAUAUUUUGUUGCUGCUAGUGAGCUAAGCCGUCGUAGUUUGACUGAUUUACAAAUUCGUGAUGCGCAGGUUCUGCUUGCUCCGAAACUUAGUCAGUUUCAUUGGGCAGAUUUUCAAAAAAUUGAUGAAAUUAUUGAACAAGGUCGUGUUGCCGCAGAUGCUCAGAUUGAUGAAAUCCGCUAUCUUUGGCAAGAUCACCGCAAAGGUUUUCGUAAAGGGGUAUGGGCAUGGAUGCGUACAGAAAAAUAA